UCUGAGAAGGAACAGCAGCUCUUUCAGGUGUACACGCUGUCAAAAUGAGUAAAUUGUUAAGUACUGGGCGUGGAACAUUUCACAUAGUUUUACCAAUAUUGUUAUAAUUAAACUGUUAUUUUUACAGACAGACACAGAAUUCCUUUGUACCGGAAAUAAACAAAUAUCGUGAUGCAAGUAAUGCAAUUAACCCUUAAUGUGUGAACAGAACUUCUUAUAGAGCUGUCAGAAUUGCAUGUCAGUUACAGAGGAUUGGUACCGUAUGUGUUCAAAUUGAAUCAUGGAAUCAACAAUGAAAGAGCCUCCAAAUAAGAAGAUCAAGAUUGUAAACAGUGAUGAGGUUUUGGUAGACAGAUUCUGUGACCCUAAGAAGCCACAGAUUGUAACAUUCCAGGAUGUUAGUGCAGCAGCAUACAAGAUCAAAGGAGGCAUACAGAAAACACCAUGCCUGAAAUCACAGAUGUCAAGUAUGUUUGACAUGAAGAUAUAUUUCAAGAAAGAAUUCCUACAAUUCACAGGAAGUUUUAAAGAAAGAGGAGCUAGAUAUACACUUCUUAUGCUGACAGAGGAGCAGAAAAAGGCCGGUGUUAUAGCUGCCAGUGCAGGGAACCAUGCUCUGGCAUUGUCCUAUCAUGGUCAAGAUCUUGGUGUACCGGUUACCGUCAUUAUGCCAGUAAUAGCUCCACUGAUGAAAAUACAGAACUGUAGGAAGUUUGGAGCAAAUGUUCAUGUCACAGGUGCUAACUUAAGUGAGUCCAGGGAACAAGCAAUGAAGAUGGGUCAGGAACUGGGAUUACUCUAUAUAAAUGGAUAUGACCAUCCACAUAUUUUGGCAGGUCAGGGAACUAUGGGACUGGAAAUAGUAGAACAAGUACCUGAUCUAGAUGCCUGUAUUAUACCAGUUGGUGGAGGUGGUCUAAUUGCUGGAACAGCCCUGGCCAUCAAGAACCUUAGACCUCAUGUUACAAUCAUUGGUGUAGAAUCUGAAAAAUGUCCAAGCUUUUCUCAGGCUAUGAAAGCAGGGAAACCUGUAUUUACUGCUACACAUUCAACAUUAGCUGAUGGUCUUGCUGUACCAACUGUAGGUGUAAAUGCAUUUGCAACUGCCAAAGGUUUGAUAGAUAAGAUGCUGAUUGUUCAAGAAGAAAAUAUAGCCUUGUCAAUAUUGCGACUGUUGGAGUUAGAGAAAGCUGUUGUAGAGGGUGCUGGUGCUACUGGUUUGGCUGCUGUUGUUGAGGGACUUGUGCCAGAACUGCAGGGAAAAAAGGUUGUGAUAGCAGCAUGUGGAGGUAACAUAGAUACCACAGCUCUGGGGCGUGUGAUAGAGAGAGGUUUAGCUGUAGAUGGUAGACUGGUUAGGUUUGUUGUAACUGUUAGUGACAGACCUGGAGGUAUUGCUGACCUUACAAAACUCAUGGCUGGACUUGGGGUCAGUAUCAAAGAUAUUUUUCAUGAAAGAGCAUGGAUAAAGAGUGACAUAUUUUCUGUUCAGGUAAAAGUUGUCUGUGAAACAAGAGAUGCAGAGCAUAGUGAUGAACUUCAUCAAGCAAUCAAAGCAAAAUAUACACAUUAUACCUGGGGUCCAGGAUACUAGCUGGAGAAAUAUACUUGACACCAAAAACAGUUUUUUCCUGUAACAUUAUGCUAGAUGGAUGUUUCAUUUUGACAGUUAGUCGUGGCACAUAAAUAUUGCAUUAACAGUAUAUGCUUCUGAUGUUGUAUUCAACAGUAAAGAGGGAACAAUUUGGUUUUAUGCUGUUGGCAUCAUGAGCAAGAAUUCUAGAGCAUAUAAGCAGUAAAGCAGACUUCAGAAUUUGAGCUUUAAUUUGUGCUUAGAACAUAUAGCGAGUAAAAUAAGGAACAAAAAAUGGCAAAGAUGUUCCCCUUUGUGAAGAAAGCACCAAAUUUGGCAUGAAAUUACUUUAAGUUAUCCCAAAUCCUACAAGAGGAGGAGACACGCUAUAUCUGCCCUGGAACCUCCUUUUAAAUCAAUUUAAAAAGGGGAGGUAAAAAUGUCUUGAAAAAAAUAUUUGUUCCUUUCAAUUGAAAUUUAUCUAUAAAGUAAUGUUUCAUAUGAUCUAAACAUGAAUGACAUAUUACUAGCAUAGACAAACAACUGUUUGGUAUUAACAAAUAUACAAAGUUUACUACAAAAUACUCUUAUUUCUCAAGAUACAUACUAAAAAGGGAGGUAAUCAGAUUUUACUGUAUGUUUAAUGUCAAAACUGCGUGUGAAAAGAUGUUUCUUAUGAAGAAAGCAUGAAAGUUUAUAUUUUAAUAUUAUAAAGUAUACUGGAUCAGAGAUGGACUACAUAUACGAUCUGUUGGCUUGAAUAGACCAAAUCAUGAGGCCUCAAAGGGAAACUACCUUUUAUUUAUAUCAAUUAAAUAUAUCUACCGGUAUAACAAUUUCAAAAAUGAUAAUUUAUACCUUAACCAAUUAUAACCCUAGACACAAAUUUUAUUCAAUUACAUUUUAUUCACAUUCAGUAUACAUAACUCAGGAAAAUAAUAUGAGGUCCUUUAAAGGGAAAUUGUUAAAAAUCACAUUUUAAGGGCAAAUUAAUUUAUUUCAAUCGUUAAAAUAUCAUAUUACUGAGCUAAACUUAAGUAAAGAAACAGAAUUCAUGGAUAUUCUGUAUAAAAUAUCAAAAAGUAAAAAAUAUUUACAUGUUCAGGUCCACCUACAUAUCUGUAUUUAUUAGGGCAAAAGAUUUAUAUAAAAAAGAGAGGCCCUUCAAUGGAUCAUUUUUGUAUUUUACAUAACAGUAUAAUUAUGACAUAACAAGUCAAGUGUCUUUACUAGUCAAUUCAGAUUCAACAUUAUUAAGCAAUGCAAGGGUCAUAAUUAAGGUAUACAGACACUAAAUAGAAAACUGGCGCGGAAAAAAAUCAUGGUAGUUGCAAAAUGGCACAUUCAAAGAGUCCUCCUUCUUUGCUCUGUAGAGCUUUUUUCCUUCCUUUUUAUACGCCCGUUUGAAAAACGGGACGUAUUAUGGGAA